UCUAGAUUGAGACUUGAGAGUAGUAGCCAAUAGCCAUGGCCAAAAAUGCUAAUGACUUAAUGGAAUACCUCUUCGAGGAUAAUCCAAACAGAAAUAGUAGUGAUGAUAAAGGAGGAGAUGAUUGUAGUGCUCAAAAGUUAGCUUCUUCUCCAUUCUUCUCCCAGCAAUGGCCACAAAGUUUCAGGGAAGAAAUCUCAUCAAAACAGUCAUCCUACUAUGAAAAACUAAACGGGGGGCUUCCUCUUAACCAUGGAUGUAGCUUCUCACAAACGGUAAUAACUGGACUGAAUGUGAUGGCUGGAAUUGGGAUUCUUUCUACUCCUUUCACUGUAAAAGAAGCUGGCUGGGCUAGCAUUGUGAUUUUGGUUCUUUUUGCUGCUACUUGUUGCUAUACGGCGUAUCUUAUGAAGCAAUGUUUUGAGAGCAGAGACAGCAUGAGAACUUAUCCUGACAUGGGUGAAGCCGCGUUCGGAAGAUAUGGGCGCAUUAUCACAGCUAUGCUUUUGUAUACGGAAUUAUAUUCAUACUGUGUAGAGUAUAUCAUAUUGGAGGGAGAUAAUCUCACAAAUUUAUUUCCUGGAGCUUCCCUCAACUGGAAUGGUCUAAAUCUGGAUUCUACACAUUUAUUUGGACUUCUAACUGCUCUGAUAAUUCUACCAACCCUCUUUUUGAGGGAUGCUCGGUUAAUAUCAUAUCUUUCAGCCUGUGGCGUUGUUGCAACUAUGGCCAUUGUAGUUUCUGUAGUGUUACUCAGUGUUGUAGAUGGAAUUGGAACGCCCCAAACAGGUCAAUUGGUGAAUUGGAGUGGCAUCCCGUUUGCUGUUGGUGUGUACGGAUUUUGUUAUUCUGGACACUGUGUGUUUCCCAAUAUCUACCAAUCAAUGGCCAACAAAAAGCAAUUCACUAAGGCAAUAAUCAUAUGCUUUAUUUUGUGUGUUGCACUAUAUGGGAGUGUGGCUGUAAUGGGAUAUCUGUUGUACGGUCAGGUCACGCUGUCUCAGAUCACUCUGAAUAUGUCGUCUGACUCUAUUCCUGCAAAGAUUGCUGUGUGGACAACGGUUAUCAACCCUUUCACUAAAUAUGCACUUGCGAUGAAUCCACUGGCUAGAGGCUUGGAGGAGUUGCUUCCAGAGAGAAUCUCAAGCAGCUUAAUGGGUUUUAUUAUGCUAAGGACACUACUUCUCAUUUCAACUGUUUGUGUUGCAUUUCUUCUUCCUUUCUUUGGCCUUGUGAUGGCUUUAAUCGGCUCUCUUCUCAGUAUAUUACUGCAGUCAGUCCAUGCAAUUUUGGACGCGAUUUUCACUAUGGGUCAUCCGGAAAUAGUCUCUCUGUGAUUUAGUACAAGGUCGAUUAUCGUGCCGAGUGUGUGUUAUCUGAAGAUCAUGGGUAAGACAGUUACAAAGACACAGAGUGCUACUAGUAUUGCAGUAGUGAUUGUGGGCAUCAUUAGUGCCGCUGUGGGGACAUAUUCUUCUAUCUCAAAAAUCGUGAAGCAAUAUUGAUUGGAAGUUUAUGGAAGUUAUGACAAAAGUUGCAAUUUUCUUUUCCUUUUUCCUUAAAAAAGUUGAAUCCCCCACCCCAAGGUUCCCGCGUCCUGACUCGGCAAGACUUUCGGGAGGUUGUAAGUCACGGCGACUCACCUUAAGUAAUAGUGGGCAAGUUGCAUCUACUAUUAUUAGUUAAGUGUUUAACUUGCAAAAAUAAAAGUUAAACCUUCCCCUAUGGAAUCCCGUCUGAUAACUAUAACUGCAAAUGCAUCUGCAUUAGGAGUUUAUGACUGAAAGGGUGAAAAAGUGUAGCGGUUACCGUCACCCAGCACAAGUAAAUCCCGGAUUGGAUUCUUCAGCAAUAAAAAGCAAAAACUGCUUUUGAAGUUCUA